AUGCCAGACUGUGCUGUGAUCUUACUGGAUUUCACACGCCAAGAAAAGCUGAAUAUAUCUACGCAGCAGCUGUUGGGCACAACAUUGCCAUUCAGCACAUUUUUAGAGAGUUCGAAUUGUGAAGCUGCAGAGGAAUUAGUUAAUGAGGUACAAAAGCAGUCUAAAAGUUGCCUUUUUUCUCUUUUCCCUCCAGCUGAUAUUAUUUCUACAGUUGAGUUCAACCACACUGGAGAACUGCUGGCUACUGGUGACAAGGGGGGUCGGGUUGUUAUAUUCCAAAGGGAACCUGAGAGUAAAAAUGAGCCUUACAAUCAGGGAGAGUACAAUGUUUACAGCACUUUCCAGAGCCAUGAACCUGAAUUUGAUUAUUUGAAGAGCUUGGAGAUAGAAGAAAAAAUAAACAAGAUCAAGUGGUUACCACAGCAAAAUGCAGCUCACUCACUUUUAUCAACAAAUGAUAAAACAAUCAAGUUAUGGAAAAUUACUGAAAGAGAUAAGAGACCAGAGGGGUACAACUUAAAGGAUGAAGAAGGAAAACUUAAAGAUCUUUCUACAGUAACAUCACUGCAGGUGCCUGUAUUGAAACCUAUGGAUUUGAUGGUAGAAGUCACUCCCCGGAGAAUCUUUGCUAAUGGUCACACCUAUCAUGUCAACUCCAUAUCCGUCAACAGUGACUGUGAGACAUACAUGUCAGCGGAUGAUCUCAGGAUUAACCUCUGGCAUUUAGCAAUCACAGAUAGGAGCUUCAGUAUCCUUUAUUGUGGUGCCUUACUUGGUGUUGAUAGAACUAGUGGGGCUUAA